CUGCUUUGGACGAUCAACGAGGGGCCAAGAUGGAAGAACAUUCGGCCAAUCAGAAUUCUUCUCCCUCUAUUCUAAAGACUUAUCUUAACGAUACCCCCAAUUUAUUCGAAUAUGUUCUUAAUAAUGCUACACGAAGAGCUGUCCUGAUUGAAUGUUACCAAUCGCUCUGGGGCCAUAGCGAGGAAUUCAAACGUACUUAUUUUGUUCCGGAUGACCAGGCUUUUGAAAAACUUAUGGAAACCAAUGGCUCCUCUUUGCUUGCACUCAAUCGAUCAAAGCGAGAUCUAUCCAAUGGCACAAAUUCGUUACUCGAAACUUCAGAGAUCGAAGCGGAAUAUCAGCCUUCACAGCGAGGGAAGCAAUGCGGCCAUGUCUUUCAAAAAGGCGAAACCGUAUAUCGCUGCAGGACAUGCGGACUUGAUGACACUUGUGUUUUUUGCUCUCGGUGCUUCCACUCAACAAAUCAUGAAGGACAUGAUGUAUCGUUUUCUGUUAGUCCAGGAUCAGGAGGAUGCUGUGAUUGUGGUGAUCCUGAGUCUUGGAAGUACGAGAUUGACUGUGCUUACCAUUCUCCUAUGUCUCGACCUCCUGGUGAACCGUCCAGUUCAAUACCCAAUCCAAGACAGGAGAAAGCGGAUAUACCAAGUGAACUAAAUCGGUCUUUGCAUUCUACCAUUGGUUCUGUACUAGAUUUCAUUCUUGAAACUUUUGCUUGUAGCCCUGAGGAUAAGGUAACAACCGCCAACAUUAACAGCGACAGUCAGUCCGUCCGAUCCAAUGCCUUCUUUCGCGAUUCGCAGAAUAUCAAGCUCUCUCUUUCGCAUGCAAUUCGCCCCUCUGUUUUUUCUCAUGCUGAAGAUAAAGAUGAAGAUGUCGCUAUGAUGGAGAUCGACGAUCUCGACUUACCUGCUGAUGAGGCAAAAUCAUCUUCCUCGUCAGAAAUGUAUGCUUGUAUCCUUUGGAACGACGAAAGCCACUCUUACCCACAAGUUAUAGACCAACUUGUAUCUGCUGCUGGCUGUACUGAAGCCCAAGCUAAGGCUACAGCAGAGAAUGUAAAUCAAUAUGGAAGAGAUAUCAUAAAAUUGUCCACCAAUGUCGACGAACUUCUCAAUAUAGCUACAUCCCUGUCUACCAUUGGAUUGGCUGUAACUAUUCGAACCGCACAUGACACCUUUCGAGAGCAAGUUUGCACAAUAUUACUAGAUUGGCUCAAGGACUUGGUCAGUGGACGACUGAAAUGUUUUGAUAGUGUAGAACAAGGAGAUGCGAUCCUUCGUGAGGUAGUUUGUGAUGAAUUAUGCACACAAUACACUCUUCCACCGGACUUGGCCGUCCUCUCUUUACAACUUCGGCAAGGGAGAGGGAGUGAUGAUGAGAGUGAAGACGAUCCCUCCGUAGAUAUGGACUUUGAGGAUUCUAGAGUUCCACAAACGGCUAUUGGAGGAGCUGGUACAGCUGGAGAUGGUGUCGCUGCCUUUGAUGGUUUGGACGUUCAACCAAGAGAUUUAUGGACGAUGCCCACCAAUGCUCACAGAAGAAGACUUGCUGCAGCUGUUUCUACUGGUCCUGAAAGUGAUUCUGAUCAUCAACACGACAAUCAUUCAUCCAACAGUGAAUCUGCUGAUCUCUCACGUCGACAGAGACAAUCAUCAUCCUAUUAUCGAGCCAACAACAAACGUAAUGCCCUUAAACGAUAUGACAUUGCUGAUCUUAACUGGGACUAUAACGCCUUACUGAACCAAUACAACGAACUGGCUGAGGAAGAAGCCCUUGUUCACGAUGAGAUGUCCGCAAAAAUAUUCAAAUCGACAGCAGUGGGUAAAAAGGUAGCUGAUGGAAUUUUGAGUGGCUCAAAAUUGCGACAAGAGUAUGAAAGGAAGCUUCGACUGGAUUAUCUCAUGCUGUUUGACUUGCGGCUUUGGAAAGAAGUUCGUUUGGCUCUCCGCCAAUUGUUCAUAUCUUCUUUGGCACCUCGUCCUGACUUCAAGAAGCAGAUAGCCAUACGCCUCGCCAGAAACUACGUCACGCUUGCGGAUGCUUUCUUGCUGCGCGACCGGGAACCAGAGAAUUCUAUUAUCCUUUUCUCUGUCCAGCUCCUAACCGUACCCACUAUUGCAUCUUUGGUCGUCAACGAAUGUCAUUUCCUUGGCCAGAUUUGUUCCGUACUUUCCAGCUUUUUCUUGACCGAUUGCGUGUCGCUACCCCUGAUUACCGAUAGCAAGCAAGGGUCGAUGCGAGUCAACUGUGAAGCAAGAUCCUUCCGCAGCCGUCGCUACUUCAGUGCUUUCCACGACUUACGGUAUAUUAUCAAUACAGAAUCAGUCAAAGAAAGCAUCAUUCGAGAGCCACUCUAUCUUCGACAAUACAUUGGCCUCAUUAUCAUGUUUCAAGACAUGAAUGCACUUGUCAGACAAGCAGAUACCCAUAUUGAGUACGAGUCAGAAACAUGGGUGAAUGCCUUCAAUGUUACGUUGCAAAUAGCAAAGUGCUGUCGACAGUUCGCAGAAUGCUACGCUGCGGUGGCUUCAGAUAAUGAAGUUAUGCGAGUUGAGAAAUGCAAGGCUCUUGUUCGUGCUAUUUUGAGGAUAUUCAAGGUGUUUAGCGACUGGGUAGCCACAGACACCGAAAAUGAAUUGGCCGACAGUACUGAAUUAGCCAAAGAACGGCUUCCACAGCCUCGUAUCGCGGGUAUACAAGAACAAGAAUAUCAUAACCUUCAAUUAAAUGGUACUGGCUCCUAUUGGAUUAUCAAGUAUGAUGUAGCUUCACAGCCAGUGUCAUUCCAUCAUCCACUUCACUGGCUCUUGGCUGGAUUACUGGAGAAUAUCAGUCUACUGGAUGAUGGUAUUCUCGCAGAGGCUGGCUGGCUGGGCAACUUCUGUGAUUUGAUUCGAGGCACUGACUAUUGUCGCUUCGAUUUUAUCGAUGAUCGACGUCUUCUUGCUAUUUUGGAAUACCCCAUUCGCACCAUUGUGCUACUGUCGCAAAUCCGCGCUGGUGUUUGGGUUCGCAAUGGCUAUGGUGUACGAAACCAAGCUCAUCAUUACCGGGAGAUUUCUUUACGGGAGAACACGUUUGAUGCCGAUGUCUUCCUUGUUCAACUUGGGUUUACUGUGAUUGACCCUAACACCUUACUUGUGACUUUGCUCGAUCGAUUCCAACUGGCAACAUGGUUUACUGGUGAUCUCCAGCAUGAAAACUACGAUGCAUCACAAUUGAUUUUUAUGGUUGAGGAACUACUCAAUCUUCUUAUUGUAUGCGUAGCUGAGCGUGCAAAUGCGACAGGUAUGGAUCUCGAGCAAAAAGUCCAGCGCGAGAUUAUUCACAGCUUGUGUUUGGGACCCUUACCACAUUCCGAUCUGGUCAAGUCCAUCCCCGACCGGCUACACGAGAAUUUUGCUUUCGACACCAUUUUAUCCAGUGUAGCCCACCUCAAGCAACCUGAAGGUCUCAAUGAUCUUGGUCAAUAUGAGCUGCUCAACAAACAUUUCGAUGAAGUGGACCCCUACUUCUGGCAUUAUACCCGUAAUAACAGAGAAGAAGCCGAAGAAAUCUUGCGAAAGAAAUCAAGCCAGCCUCCUGAAGAAUAUUUCUAUGUUCCCAAGUUACCAAAAGUUACACAUGGUCCAUUUGUCAAAAUGGGUAACCUUCUACAUUCAAAAGUUUUUGUACAUAUUAUUUUUUUUGCCCUGUACAAUACUAAGCAAGGAAUCGCCACUGGAAAGAGUGAUACCGUAAUGGAUCAAGCGUUACAUCUAUUGCUUCUUGCCUUGGUGGAUGAAAAUAACGAUUUCAUUACCCAGGUAGCAGAGGAUGGUGGCCAAGCCGGAUUUGUACAUUUAGCCUGCACUGUAGAAUUUGUAAUCGAAAACGACCGAUUGACGCUUCUGGAACUUUUACUCAAAUUCCUCCGAUCGCCCGAUCUUAAGGAUAUCCACCCUCGCUGCCAAUGGAUCCUUAAUCAGAUGGAUAUCAGAGGUUCGCUACGAGUGAAAGAGAGCAUACAAACCUGGCGAGGCAUGGUCGACAAUGAGGACAAGACACAGGGAACUGCACCAUCUGGUAUGAGCGAGCGCGAUAAGCAGAAGCAGCUGGUCAAAGAACGGCAAGCCAAGAUUUUGGCUCAAUUUGCCCAAGCUCAAUCACAAUUUCUCGAACAACAUGAAGAUCUGUAUGAGGAUGAAGAAGAUGAAUUUGCCAGUGUCGACAUGGAAAAUCAAGACGACUUGGAUAUGUCUCAAGAAUCAGCAAAUGCUGACGAUCAUUCUCGACAACGUCAGUGGGCAUUCCCUACUGGUACUUGUAUUGUAUGUCAGGAGGAUGCACAUGAACGCUCACAGCAAUAUGGUAUACUGUGCUUAAUACAAACCUCUAACAUACUACGAGAAUUUCCGUCUGACGAUGUCGACAUCAUGAACGAUGUGUUGGAACACGCUCUUGGAUCUGGUAUUGAAUCUCUCAAUGUGGGCUCGGAUAACAGCCAUGAUCCCAAAGCAAUACGCGGAUUCCCUCGUCAAAGUCAUAAAUCGGGCAUGUAUGCAUCUACGUGUGGCCACUUGAUGCAUGUAUCGUGCUUUGAUACUUAUUGUGCGUCCAUCGACGUUCGACAUCAAUCUCAACCUACACGCAAUCAACCUGAAAACACAAGCCGAAGAGAAUUUGUAUGCCCAUUGUGCAAAUCACUUGGGAAUGCACUGCUACCCAUUGCCUGGAAAUCUACACGUGAAAGUUAUCCUGGUGUUCUCACUCCAGCUAAUGAUGAAGCGUAUGCUGGCUUUCUGCAACAAGAUAUGCACCGAAUUGUAGACGACCUUGGUGGGAUGAUCAAAAGUAAUGGCCACGGCCGUCAACGGCGACGUGGAGGAAACGGAACCCCUUCUCGAUACCGUGAAGGAUUUACGUCCCUUUCAGCAUCAUCUUUACGUGUGGAAAAUUCAGAUAUUGUACCGCACACUCUUCCAUCUUUGCCGCUCUCUGGGUUGAAUUUUGGUUCAGGUGGCAACGGCCCUAAUCCUCUAGGACCAUUUGGCAAUGAGACGCUUAAUACCACGAAUUCAGAUACAAAUCUCAUCAGCAAUAUCAGCAAAUCGUACGCUCAACUAUCUGAAGUCAUGCGCCUAUCAUGUCAAGCAUUAAGCCUUGUAUGCGGUGAUAAGACCAUGGAUGCCCUUCGGUUAUCAAAUUAUGUAAAAAAUGUGGACCUGCUAUGGUCUCUGUAUGGCUUCACAAUUUCAGCUGUAGAAAUUGCCCUUAGGUCACAAAAAAUCCCAACCGUGGAACCUGGUGGCGAAUAUUCCAACACCAUCAUGGACUUUAUGGCACCGCAAAUGCAAACGUUGUUACGUAUUUUGCCGGAAACCAUUAUUGCAUUCACUAGUGUGAGGAACUCUGGUUUAUCCAAUGAUCCAAAACUCAAUCUGAUGGCGGUUGGCCGUAUGGCUCAAUUAUAUCCGUCCAUUGCUAUACCAAGGAGCGUUAGUGAUACAAGUGUUGCUCAGGGAUUUUCUUAUCAAAAUCAACCACUGCUCCUAGAUGAUCCAUUCUUGGUGUUGGCCGAAUUAUCAUUGUACUGUGUGACGGUACUCGAUGUACCUGUACAUCACCUCAUGCGGCUACUAUAUCUUGCAGAGAUUGUGAAAGCGACUAUUGGUAUCAUGCAGGCCAUGGAUGGACGCCCAAACAAUAUUCGGACCGAAACGCUUUUCAAUGCCAUCAAUCAACUGCAAUCGUGUUCACACCCCUCAAGUACGGUCACAUCGUUUGUAGCGGCCAUUAUGGAGCCUUUUGGGAUGUCCUAUGAAGCGGUGGAGCAUUGCCUUAGGUCCAUGGGAGAAACCGCCUUUUUCCAAGUCUUGCAAACAUUUGUACUUCCUUAUCUUCGAAAAUGUACAAUUCUGAUGGUUACUCGACAUGGACUUCUUCUGCCAUCCGGCAACAGAACUGACGCUGAUUGGACAAUUCAGCAGGAGGUCGAACAAGUGUGCAGUCAACUAAGCUUGCCGAAAAUCGAGGAUCUAUUGGACCGGCGAAAUAUAUUAGCCGAAGAACAAUCGCUGAUCCAAGAAUGGUGUCACCUCUUGGCGAACGAACCCACUGACCAGCAAGCCGUGGCUCUCAAUCUUCCAACGACAUUCCACCUGGUUAAGCUACCCAGAAGAUUGGAUGAACUGUUUGAAAUUAGUUUGCGCUGUGUUUGUCAUCGAUGCGGCACCAUACCCAAUGAUCCAGCCCUCUGUUUACUCUGUGGUACAUUUGUGUGUUCUCAAAGCUACUGUUGUUCGGAAGGCGAAUACGGUGAAUGCAACUUACAUCAAUCUGUGUGCGGAGGUGAAAUUGGCAUCUAUCUGGAUGUGAAACGCUGUGUAAUUUUACUGUUGCGCACUGGCAAUGGCUGUUUCAUCAGUGCUCCCUACCUAGACUGGCAUGGCGAAGUUGACCUUGGGCUCAAGCGAGGUCGACCACAGUUUCUUAAUCAAAAACGUUAUGAUGAUAUAAUGAAACUUUGGCUGCAACAUAAUAUUCCAGUGUACGUGGGUCGCAAACUCGAAGCAACGUAUGACUGUGGAGGCUGGGAAACGAUGUGAUGACGUAGAGACCCUAAGGUCAAGGCGCGUGAUCCCAUGGAACACUUUUGAGCCUCCAAGCCACCAAUACCGACCUUUUAAUGAAAGGCCUUCGGUUAGGCAUAUAGCAUUCUUUUGUAAUUUGAUUGAUUUAUCUUUCUGUUCCUUGAUAUUAAAAACCGAGUUUUCCGUCUAGUCGAGAGAUGUUUCAUGGAUACUCUGACCUGUUUUUAGACCAAGUACGAGGGGACAGGACCCAGUGUUCUCACAGAGGCCAUUUUUUUGAGGUUCCGCCCAAUUCUUUUUUGGAGAUGCGCUGACCUUUUUUUCCAUCUUUUUUUUUGGG